CCGCGCCGACUCGUGCUACCCGCGGGGGUCCGCUCCUUCUCAAAGAUGAAAGAAGGCACGGUCGCCUUUGCCGCUUCUCCAGGACUGUUGCUGCCGCCGCCGCCGCCGCUUCAUUGCACAUUCAAGUGGAAAAUUUUCAGGAGUCAGCAGAAACAUUGUGUCCAAAAAAGACUGAGUCGCGGUUACCACCAAACCCUGGAGGAGACUCUCCCUGGAAAACUUCCCUUCGGUUUAUUUUCUUGAAAAGGCUCCAGGCUUCGGCUUGGAAAAUCCAACCGCCAAAAUUGAGCCCAGCAGCUGGAGCGGCAGUGAGAGCCCUGCCGAAAACAUGGAAAGAAUGAGCGACUCUGCGGAUAAGCCAAUUGACAAUGAUGCAGAAGGGGUCUGGAGCCCCGACAUUGAGCAGAGCUUUCAGGAAGCCUUGGCUAUCUACCCACCAUGCGGGAGGAGGAAAAUCAUCUUAUCAGACGAAGGCAAGAUGUAUGGUAGGAAUGAAUUGAUAGCCAGAUACAUCAAACUCAGGACAGGCAAGACGAGGACCAGAAAACAGGUGUCUAGUCAUAUACAGGUCUUAGCAAGAAAGAAAGUUCGAGAAAUUCAAGCCGCCAUUAAGGUGUCUAGUCACAUUCAGGUUCUUGCCAGAAGGAAAUCUCGUGAUUUUCAUUCCAAGCUAAAGGUAACAAGCAUGGAUCAGACAGCCAAGGAUAAGGCCCUGCAGCACAUGGCCGCCAUGUCGUCGGCACAGAUCGUCUCGGCCACCGCCAUUCACAACAAGCUGGGGCUGCCUGGGAUUCCACGCCCCGCCUUCCCGGGGGCGCCGGGGUUCUGGCCAGGAAUGAUACAAACAGGGCAGCCAGGAUCCUCACAAGACGUCAAGCCCUUCGUGCAACAGGCCUACCCCAUCCAGCCAGCGGUCACAGCCCCCAUUCCAGGGUUCGAGCCUGCGUCAGCCCCAGCCCCCUCGGUCCCUGCCUGGCAGGGCCGCUCGAUUGGCACAACCAAACUUCGCCUGGUGGAAUUCUCAGCCUUCCUUGAACAGCAGCGAGACCCAGACUCGUACAACAAACACCUCUUCGUGCACAUUGGGCAUGCCAACCAUUCUUACAGUGACCCAUUGCUCGAAUCAGUGGACAUUCGUCAGAUUUAUGACAAAUUUCCUGAAAAGAAAGGUGGCUUAAAGGAACUGUUUGGAAAAGGCCCUCAAAAUGCCUUCUUCCUCGUAAAAUUCUGGGCCGACCUAAACUGCAGUAUUCAGGACGAUGCCGGGGCUUUUUACGGUGUAACCAGUCAGUAUGAGAGUUCUGAAAAUAUGACAGUCACCUGUUCCACCAAAGUGUGCUCAUUUGGGAAGCAAGUAGUAGAAAAAGUAGAGACGGAGUACGCAAGGUUCGAGAACGGCCGAUUUGUGUACCGAAUAAACCGCUCCCCGAUGUGUGAAUAUAUGAUAAACUUCAUCCACAAGCUCAAACACUUACCAGAGAAAUAUAUGAUGAACAGUGUUUUGGAAAACUUCACAAUUUUAUUGGUGGUAACAAACAGGGAUACACAAGAAACUCUCCUCUGCAUGGCCUGUGUAUUUGAAGUUUCAAAUAGUGAACAUGGAGCACAACAUCAUAUUUACAGGCUUGUAAAGGACUGAACAUGGUUAUUUAUAUAUAUAGAUAUCUGUAUAUACACACACACACACACCCAUGUGCACACACACACACUCUCUCCAUUAUUGAAUGACUGACUGUAAACCUCGCCACAGAGGGGGGUGCCCUGGCCCUGAGGUCACCCUGACUUUUUCUAAAUCCUGUUUGAGUGAAGUCAUUAUUUUUUUCAUGUGUUCAUACUAUCAUUGUAGCUGUGAAGUUCUGGUACAGUUGUAAAAAGAGAAAUCUGAGUGGUUUCUAUGUGUUCUUCACAUCCGCAGCCCACAAUUCCUCGGGAAAAGGUGACCCUUAAGAACCCGGGUCUCCUCUGUUUGCAGAGACCCGUUUCUAAUUGUGGUAGAAAAAAAAAAAAUUUUGAGACAGAGCAUUUGCCAUGGGGCAUUUACAACCUUUAUACAAAUGUAUUUAGUUCUGUUUUUUUUUUCCCAACAUAAAAUUCUUGUCUUAAGAUACAAGUAAAAUUAAUCUUUAAAUGUAAAUGUAAAUUAGUACACAAAACUAAGAAUCUUUAGACUUAUCUUUGUAACUAAUUAGGGUGGAAGUUAUGAAAGAAUGUAAUUCACUAAAUUAUUUUUUAAAUGAAACUUUUCUUUCUUUUUGAAACCAAAUGUUAAAAUAUAGCCUUAAAUGCUUGGUAGAAAUAUUCUAAUGAGACAAAUUUAUACUUUUUUUUUUCCUCAACGUGAAAACUAAUCUCUUAAUCCAUUAAACUCUUGAACAGGUAUUACAAAGGAAGAAAACUUCACCCCUUAUCCUUAACAUAUAUAGUAUAUUUAAAAAAUAUAAAAUUGUAUUGUACUAAUGUGAUGAUUAUUUAAUGAAAAAAAAAGAUGGCUCUUUUUGCAAUAAGUAGAUAAAUACUGAAAAUCUAAACGUACAAUGUUUAUAGUCUUGUGUGUGCAGUUAUAUUUUCUAUGGACAACCAAAUUUUUUAUUAAGAUGAGUAAAUGUUUGAACCACUGAAAUUCAAUAACAAAAAUUUAAAAUUGGCAUGAAUACUGCACUGUGAGCUGCAAAGUAGAGAAAAAUCCUGUGGCUGGGAGAAAUUUCAUCAACCAAACAAGUAAAAGGCUCAUCAGUUUUAGCAUCUCUGCUCCCCGGAAAAUUGCAAGCAUCCUCACCAGCCUGUGGACAAAUUCUUUCUGGUGAACCAGUAUGCAUAUUAACCUGCUAUAACUAUGUGUGUACAUGUGUGUUUGUGUACACAUCCACACACAUAUACACAUAUACAGUUAUUAAACACAUAUUUAUUGAACAUCUAUUCAGUGUCAUCAGUUUGCUAGGUGCUGAUACGUAUGUAUAUCUCUAUCUGUGUCCAUAGAUCUAAAUAUAUUCUUAAAGGACGUCUGUUUGCUCAACAUCUCUCAAUAAGUCACAGUACUUGUUUGACUGAGGUUUGAGAGGCCUGGCACUCUCUCUGACUUUUUUCAAACAGACUCAUUUGGAAGGUUCUCUUCCCAGGAGAAAUUCAACUUUCCAACCCAAAUAUUCCAAAGCAUUGCCCAGGCAGAGUUGGUUUGAAGUGGCCACGUGUCCUGGGUUAUUUCCAUAAGUGCUUCAUUGGGAAGGAGACGGGGUUAUACUCCCCAGCUUCCCAGAGGAAAGUGACAUUUUUAUAAUUGCCAGGAAUAGGUCAACACAAUAGAACAUGAAAUAAGUUUUGUAAGUUGUGAAGCCUAUCGUGGCUUUUUCAUCAAGCCAGAAAAGAAAUACUGUGUUCUUUCACAUCCAAGUAACUUACCCGCUUCCCUGUCCUACCACCUGCUCUGACCCUGCUUGGAUAUUGAUUAGAGUGUCUGGCGGUCGGGAGCACGAGGGUGUGGCCGGCUUGUGGCAAACAGGAGGCCACCGGGCUGAGCCUGACCUCUCCCAAACUCAUGCCACUGGUUCCUGGAAAGACCAGAGGAGAGAGUACAAAACUUCUCCCACUUGGAACGCACACCCCUCAUGUAAACCAGUAGGCUGAUGUCUGUCUUCCCUCUGUAAAGAAACUAACAUUUAUUCUCUGAUUCUAAGGGGGCCUUUGAAGGAUUGCCCUCAUUGUCUGCCCUUCCAUCUGGCCUUCCGCCCGGGCAUUGAAGCUUCUUCCGUGGUCGUCAUGCUCAAUGGCUUCUUCUGGGCACCCCUCCUAGGGAUGUUUCUUUCACUCCUGUCUCCCUCAUCUUUCCUCAACGGGAACCUCACUCUCCCAGGGCCAGGACCCUGUGAAGGGGGGUAAAGGAUCUUCUAUGGCCGGAGCCAGCCCAGAACUUCAGCGGGAGAAGUAUCUGGUUCACAUUCCCACACAGGAAUGGGGCUCUUCUGUCUGCCAGGAGGACUCUUGGGAUUUACUUUUCAAAGCACAAACAGACCCAAGAAGAGCAGCUGGAGGGUUGGUUCUGUUGGCUACAGGGAAGGGGAUACCCUGGGCUGCUGAGCCCACAGAGGCAGGCUGUGCCCUCCUCCCCCAAAUACCUCCGGAGCUGAGUUUGGGGCAUUUACGUGAACAACCUGGAGGAUAGCGUUUUGCUCUUAAAAACAUUUCUAAGAGCCUUAAAAAUUUUACUUCUCGUGUUGUUCUUCUAAAACUUUCUCCAGGGCGGAUGUUUUCCCUGUCUUAACCACUGAUCCAGUUACCCGAACCCUUGGCCCUCUCUCUGUCUCUGCCAAGUUAGGUGCAGGGGCUGGGGUUCCUGUCGCGGCACCUAAUCCAAGUCUGUCUGUGGUCUUUCCUCCUUUGUCGCAGUUUUCUCCCUUCAGCUGUCAAGCUUCCCCAAACCAUAAAGAAGCCUUUCUAGGCCUCUGUCCUUGCAGCUUCUACAGCUUUCUUUUGGGUGCCGGAUCUCCUGGCAACCCUGCGUUACCAGCCUUGAGUCAGGGGCGUCUCGUACUGUUACUGGGGAGUGUGGAGGCCCACCUUCCAUAGCCGACACAGGAGGGAGCUGAAGAACUGGACUCUGGUCGGUAGGCAUUCGUUUCCAUCUUAGCAAGAGACCUAAAAUUACUAUCAGGACUUCUUCAGAACAGGUUCUGGAACCCCAGAAGGUCUGUGCUACUCUAAGUCAGGGGUUCUCAGCCUCGACACUGUUGACAAGUUGGGAGCAGUUCUUUGUUCUGUGGGACGAUCCUGUGCAGUGUCCCCAUGGCCUCCCCCACGCCCUCCCUGCUGGUGCCACAACCCAGACUAUCUCCAGACAUUGCCACAUGUCCCAUGGAGCCCAGGAUCACCCCCAGUUGAGAACCACUGCCCUAGAUCUUACAGGUCACAAAUACCAUAUUUGAGAUUUUCUUUUUCCCUUCUGUUUCGCUCCAAGAAAGCUGCUGUCCUGGGAGCCUUGUUUCAGGUCUUGAAGAGGCAGGUAGGAAUGUUCCUCAAAUGACAUUACAUCCCGGUCUCCUCCCCUUCAGAACUUCUUUCACGGCAGAGUCUGUCUGGCUACAGAGGAUUCCUUCAUUCAUCCCCAGGGAUGUGGGGAGGAGCUGGUCACCAUCAUCCCCAUAAUCAUGUUAAGGUGUUUCUGUGAUUUGAUCUUCAUUCCUUAGUUUACCAGCUUUAAAAGAAGUCCCAGCUAUGGUAUGAUUCUCAUAAGCAUCUGGGUCUCACGAUCAAAGCUUUCAUCAUUUCGGUAAACUUACUCUGGUCUUCUGCUUUCUGCCCUACACUCAGUGCUGUUUUUAGAAUUUAUGGAAGCCUUUGGAACACUGCAUCUUUAAGGAUGGAGGUGAGAGGGACCAGAUCUGGCAGCGGGCUGAUAGAUUUUUCUUUAUUGAGCUAAAAGAGAGCACAAACUACUCUCCUUCAUUUAGCGGAUGGGGAAGUUGAGGCCCAGAGGGGAGGUGACUUGCCCAGAGUCACCCAGCUGGUUGGCGACACAACCAGCGUGAGGCUCCGGGACCUUGCCACUUAAUCCUUGGCCUCUCCCAGUGGAAGUUGUUCCUCUUUGGUGCUCAUGCCUCAAAGAUCCCUACGAAGGUGUGCACAGGUUCAGUGCAGAAGAGAGGGGGCCGCUAAGAACCCCCCUCAGCCAGAGCACGGCAUUGCCCCGAUGCUGACGCCGCUUCCCCCACGGAGCCUCUGGCCUGAUUGGAGCUACGUGAGGCAGCCGCAAGCAGAUACAAAAGCUGAUGAGCCUUUUUGCUUACCCUGAGGACAAUGCACCUGCCACAGACUCCGAGUCUAAUUUUUAUCUGCUAGGCAACCCAGCCGCCAUGUCCCACACUCAGACCAGCCAAAAAGCAGUCCCCGUUCCCAGCACUUGGUGUGAGAAGUCCCCAGAUGACUUCAACCCAAGUCUUCUUUAGGUCUCGAUACUGUAGUGGCUUUAGCAGUCUGUUUUUGUACAACCGUAAAUUAUUUAAAUCAUCUGAGAUGACAGUCAGUCUUACAAACCAGGUACACAUGAUUUGUCUCAGUUUGUAUAUGCUCUGGUACCCUACACCUGUCCUCACGAAGGGUGGAACCAAUUCUGUGUGUUGGCGUUCACACCUGUGACAUUGAGAGCAUAUGUCUGCAUCGCUUCUUUCUUUCUGUUGAUGUUUCUGUGGCAAAGCCCUGCACCUGUCAUUUCUGAAAAGCCUUAAAUCUUUGAGACGUUGCGUGUAGGGUGUGCAGUGCAAAAGGCUGCCUCGGAACUGUGAGCCCUUUUGUAAGCUGGAAGCAUUUCUCUUACUACUGUUACUUUUUUAGGGAGUUUUAAAUUCAGAGCUGCCAAAGCAUUCCAAUAAGCAGUGCCUUAGUGAUUACCUAGUCAUACCUAGCCCUCCGCGUCCAUUUACUAAUUGGCCCCGUAUUUGAAACCGCACAGGCAAAAA